AAAUAAAAUGCUCCAAAACAAGCAACUAAUUCAAAGCUCUCACUAGAUUAGAAAUCCUUUGAUUUAAAUUGAAGUUAUUAGAGUUUAGAAUAUUUACUUUUAUAAAACGAAAGGGACCGGACACGAGAACCGAGUUUGGGUUCAAAGGCUCGAGUUCUCACUCUCCGCAAAGGAAAAACCCUAGUUUGGGUUCCUCAGUAAAACAAAAAUGGCAGAAGCAGGGCAAGACGAAGAAGAACACACAACAUUCCCCUUAAAAAGAAAGCCCCGAGAUAUUCCUGCUGGAGAAGUAGAAGUAGAAGAAGAAGAAGCCAUUGCCAACUCUCACGAAGACGACGAUGUAAACAAGAAGCAAAAACUCUCCACUACUGCUUCUUCACUCGCGCAGGACGAAGAAGAAGAAGACGAAGACGAAGAGGACUAUGAAGGUGAGGAUGACGAGGAGGAGGAGGAGGAGGAUGAGCCGUCUAAUGGUGAGGUGGAAGUGGAUCGUAAGGGAAAGGGGAUUUUAAGGGAUGACAAGGGCAAGGGGAAGAUGAUUGAGGAGGAGGAUGAUGCUGAUGAUGAUUCUAGUGAUUUUGGAAGCCAAUCUGAUGUUGACACUGAUACUGACCUCUCUGAUGACCUACUGGCCGAGGUCGAUUUGGGUAACAUCAUUCCCUCCAGGACUCGAAGGCGUACCCAUCAGCCCAGCCUUAAGAUAUCUGAUGAUCCCGUUAAACCUGAUGCUUAAUUGAGUUUUGAUCUCUGGAAAAAGCCAUUUUAAUUUUGAACAAAAUCGAGUCUUUAGAUAAGCCUAAGUCUUUAGCAAUGUGGUCGAAUAGUUGCACUCCUCCUGUAUUUCGACUUGGAUCUAUAUUUCUCGUGUAGUAGAGCAACUGAGCUACCCUUAACAAUUGUUAUUAAUCUCUCUCUUACAGUUGGUUUCUUGCUCU